ACGAGGGCGGGGUGAGCCAUCCAGCAUCGGCCAGGGGAGAGGUCCCGGGCAGGGGGUUCUGCUGCAGGGCAACGCUUCAGUCGUUGUGUCCCGAGCCUCCCCGUUCUUCAGUAAUGUUUAUUGAUGGACGCGUCCGCCCCCUCCCACCGCCAUGCGCGAUUCUGAGCUCCUGCUGCUGCUGGGACGGUGAAGCUCGAGAGUGACUGUGUCCCGGCCGGGAGUCUCCGCUUCGGUCCCCGCUCUCCAGCCGCCGCUGCACGGGAUCAUAUGAGCUGACUCUUCCGGACACUUCUCCCAGAGACCGCAGAACCGCGGCUGAGGGGGGCAUUUACUAAGCAGUGAUAAGAGCAGAGAAGUGAGCCAGUGGAGAAGUUGCCCCAUCAACCAAUCAGCAGGCCAUAAUGGAACAUAUUCAAGGAGCGUGGGUGAGGAUCAGUAAUGGAUUUGGUCUAAAGGAUUCUGUAUUCGAUGGUUCUAGCUGCAUGUCCCCUACCAUUGUGCAACAGUUUGGCUACCAGCGACGAGCCUCUGAUGAUGGAAAACUUACAGACACCUCAAAAGCGAGUAGCACAAUCCGUGUCUACUUACCCAACAAACAAAGAACUGUAGUAAAUGUGCGGAAUGGCAUGAGUUUACACGAUUGUCUUAUGAAAGCAUUAAAGGUGCGAGGGCUCCAGCCAGAAUGUUGUGCUGUUUUUCGCCUAAUCCAAGAUGCCAAAGGCAGGAAGCAGAGGCUGGACUGGAGCACGGACGCCAUGUCAUUAGUUGGAGCAGAGCUGCAAGUGGAUUUCUUGGACCAUGUUCCGCUCACAACCCAUAAUUUUGUACGAAAGACUUUCCUAAAGCUGGCCUUCUGUGACAUCUGCCAGAAGUUCCUUUUGAACGGUUUUCGGUGUCAGACGUGUGGAUACAAAUUUCAUGAACACUGCAGCACCAAGGUCCCCACCAUGUGUUUGGACUGGAGCAACAUCUGGCAAAGGCUCAGGUUGUUUCCGAACCCAAAUAACGUAGAAGGUGGCAUGCCAGCAUUAUCAUCGCUUACUAUGCGGCGGAUGCGGGAAUCGGUCCGUGGUCCAUCUAGUUCCCAACACAGAUAUUCUACACCUCAUGCCUUCACCUUCACAACGCCAAAUCCAUCUUCCGAAUGCUCCCUUUCUCAGAGACAGCGGUCUACGUCCACACCCAAUGUGCAUAUGGUCAGCACCACAAUGCCAGUGGAUAAGGGGAUGAUCGAGAAUAACUGGCUCAAUACUUCUCCAAAGUCCCGCUGCAGACGUUUCUGUCUGUGGGGCAGAGAUGCGGUCAGAAUUCACAGUGAAUCAGGUAGUCCCAAUAAUAUGAGUCCUACAGGAUGGUCUCAGUCCAAAACGCCAGCUCCCACACACAGAGAGAAAUCCGCUAUGUCCAGCAGCCAGGAGAAGAAUAAAAUACGCUCCCGUGGGCAGAGAGAUUCCAGCUACUACUGGGAAAUAGAGGCCAGCGAGGUGAUGCUGUCUACCAGAAUAGGAUCGGGAUCAUUUGGGACAGUGUACAAAGGCAAAUGGCAUGGAGAUGUAGCUGUGAAAAUCCUCAAAGUUACAGAUCCGACCCCAGAACAGUUCCAAGCCUUUAGAAAUGAAGUUGCUGUUCUCAGAAAGACGCGGCAUGUGAACAUUCUGCUGUUCAUGGGCUACAUGACGAAAGAUAAUCUGGCUAUUGUCACGCAGUGGUGUGAGGGCAGCAGUCUGUACAAACAUCUGCACGUACAGGAGACCAAAUUCCAGAUGUUCCAGCUGAUAGACAUUGCCAGGCAGACUGCACAAGGAAUGGACUAUUUACAUGCAAAGAACAUCAUACACAGAGACAUGAAGUCAAACAAUAUAUUUUUGCAUGAAGGGCUAACAGUGAAAAUUGGGGAUUUUGGCCUAGCCACGGUGAAGUCACGGUGGAGCGGUUCUCAACAAGUAGAGCAGCCAACUGGAUCGAUCCUGUGGAUGGCUCCAGAAGUGAUCCGAUUGCAAGAUAAUAACCCAUUCAGUUUCCAGUCGGACGUUUACUCGUACGGAAUUGUUCUGUAUGAGCUGAUGACCGGGGAAUUGCCAUACUCUCACAUCAGGGACAGAGACCAGAUCAUAUUCCUGGUUGGCAGAGGAUGCCUAGUGCCUGAUCUUAGUAAGUUAUACAAGAACUGUCCCAAAGCAAUGAAGAGACUUGUUGCAGACUGUAUCCAGAAACUUAAGGAUGAAAGACCGCUUUUUCCUCAAAUCCUCUCCUCCAUUGAGCUGUUACAACACUCUCUCCCGAAAAUCAACCGAAGUGCUUCCGAACCAUCACUGCACCGAGCCGCCCACACAGAAGACAUUAACUCGUGUACGUUGACGUCCACACGUUUGCCCAUUUUUUGAAGUGACUGUUACCCGUCCAUCUUCCUUGCUUUUGGUCUUCCGAAGAAAACAUUUGUGUAUAAGCUGAGAGAGUUUUCUCUUUCAUCCUUUGAUAUUAUUUUUCUUAAGAAAAUGCUGCUAUGAUUGCAUUUCUGAGGCCAUCAUUACUGUAUCUGUGGCAAAUUAAAUGGAGAGGAUUUACCAAUUUCCUGUUCGUAUAAACUGCACCUCUUGAGCCAAGAGCUACCCACAUCUGCCUGAACUUCUACGGCCUCUGUUUUUAUCUCUUGAAUUUGUUACAAUACAUUUGCGUGUUACAUGGGUGCCAACGGGUCAUUAAUGAGCCUGGAACUGUCCAGCAUAAAGACUUUCAUUUUCCAGGCUGAAAGAUGAACCAGGGAAAAUAAAACCGUUCUUCUGCCGAUGGACAGAAUGUUCAUGCUUUCAAAUGGAAGGAGAUUCUAUUUUGCACAAUUAUGGUCAUAGAAGGAGAGUGAAUAGUUUGACUGAACUUUCCUUUGAGCAGACUGCGACUACCCUGACACAGCACAAUCUGCUUCACUCUGGUACUCUGGCAAUGUAGUGAUUGCUCUGCACCAGAACAGCUUUAUACUAUGGAGGCGUGCCUGCAGAGCAUUACCUACGUGCAUAUAUACGGUCUGUGUGUUUUUAUAGGCACACAUUGAAAUCUGCACUAGGAAGGGGAAUCUGUGUGUACACAGUCUUAUUUCUGAUUUGGGUUUAAUUUUGUUUGUUAUCCUAUUGCAUUUAUUGUAAACUACAGCUGUCCUGAUUACCCAGUUUUAAUAAAUUAAGUGUUUCACAUUUUA